AUGGCUGGACAAUUGGGUUGGGGUAUUAUGGAAGAAAGCUGGAGGAAAGGUCCUUGGACAGCUGAAGAAGAUAAGCUUCUUAUUGAAUAUGUCAGGUUACAUGGUGAAGGUAGAUGGAAAUCUGUUGCUAGGCUUGCUGGGCUAAAGAGGAAUGGAAAGAGUUGCAGGCUAAGGUGGGUGAAUUAUUUAAGGCCAGACCUUAAAAGAGGCCAGAUAACCCCAUAUGAAGAGAGUCUGAUCCUUGAGCUACAUUCAAGGUGGGGAAACAGGUGGUCAACAAUAGCAAGAAGCUUACCUGGAAGAACUGAUAACGAGAUCAAGAACUAUUGGCGAACCCAUUUCAAGAAUAAGCCCAAGCAUGUACUUGUAACUCCGGUCAAGCAAAAGCUCGAACAUUUAGAAGGCAACGAUUUCAACAGCAGCAAUCCUGCAACAGCAAGAACAAGAACAUCAGAGUCUGCUACAACAACAUCAGUAGUUACAAUCGAACCAAUUCAACAUGAAAAGGAUCAUGUCGUUGCUCGAUGAAACGGAGCAUAAAGUUCCAUAUGCAUAACAAAUUAUGGGUACUGAUUCAUACCCCAACACAACAACAACAACAAAUCAAGAACAAGGCAUGCACAAUUUGGGAUGGUUUAUGGGAGACUCGGAUGAUAAGAAUUUAUAUGGGAGUUUCGAUGCUGCAUGUGCAACAAACUUGCACAAUUUGGUGAUCCCU